AUCACAUGGCGAAGGAGCCAGUGGAAGACACAGACCCUAGCACUUUAUCCUUCAACGGGUCAGACAAAUAUCCCAUUCAAGAUACGGGACUCCCUAAAGCCGAGGAAUGUGACCCAGUGACUUUGAACCGCCCAACCAAUUCUGAUGUGCGAUGUCAGGGAGAAGAAAAUGGGUUCGCGGACGGCGCUGGAGACCCCCUUCCAGGUGCAGGCAAGGACCAGUCCUGCCAGGCCGACUGUAGCUGCCCCUCCUGCUCGCUCCGGGCCCCCACCAUCAGCGACUUGCUCAACGACCAGGACUUACUCGACGUGAUCAGGAUAAAGCUGGAUCCGUGUCACCCGACGGUGAAAAACUGGAGGAACUUUGCCAGCAAGUGGGGCAUGCCCUACGACGAGCUGUGCUUCCUGGAGCAGAGGCCGCAGAGCCCCACCCUCGAGUUCCUGCUGCGCAACGGCCAGCGGACGGUGGGCCAGCUGAUGGAGCUGUGCCGGCUGUACCGCCGGGCCGACGUGGAGAAGGUCCUGCGCCGGUGGGUGGACGAGGAGUGGCCCAAGAGGGGCCGCGGCGACCGCCCCAGGAACUCCUAGCGCCCCACGGCCCCUCCACCAGGCCCCCCGGGCGUCCAACCCGCCCAGGCCAGGCAGCGGCGUCCAUCUGCUCUUCUUUAAGGUUUAGGAUGAAGACAGCGAAAAGUGGACUUUGGUUCUGCCCCCACCACAGUGGGCGGGUGGUUCGGGGGAGGGGUGGGUUAUGUUUUGGUGGCGGAUUUUCAUUUGGUUUUGCACACGUUUUAAUCUAAGAUUUGAAUCCGGAGGUGUAGGCUCGGAGAGGGACCAGGGCCAUCGGAGUGGAGUCGUGACAUGAGGAAAGUAAGACGAUCCUCUCCCUGAAUGCCGCCGAGGGUUUCGGGGGGACACAGACCGGUGGCCCCGAGCACGCGUCGCCCGUAGACUCUUCCACGAUCAGCGGCGCUCACACCGCUCAGGUGACCAACAGCACGGAGAAGCUGGCCUGUUGGGUGCGUCUGGCACUUUCUUUGUCACAGAGGAUUUAGGUGAAUUGGCAGGAUGUUGGUAUCAGGUGGUGAUACCCUUCAGAACACACGUGCUCCCUUUUUUAUUCAAAUGCUUUUAUAAUCCGUGCACUAUCAAAAAUGUCAUUUGCUCAAGUAUUUUUGAAAGAAAUGCGAACUUCGGUGGUUACUGGGAGGACAGAGUCAGGAAUGAGCAGACCGUGGGACUGCUGUUGGACAAACUGAGGACACAGGAUGCUCUUUGGUCACCCAUGACGUCUUAAAAACUAACUUCAAAUUUACUUUUACACCUUUCAUAUCAGGCUGGGUGUUUCACCCUGCGAUGAAGCUCUGUUAAGAAAUAAAUGCAAGUCACCUGGCCCACAGGUAAAAUCACGCACCUGUGGCCCUUGUGAUCCCAGCUUGUAACAGAGUCAACUCUGCCAUGUGGCAGCUUGGCCAGGGAGUCGGGCACCUUUGAUGGUGAUGGGAGGCAAGAGGCACGUUAAAAUCCGGAUUUUAAAGCAAAUGAAAAAUGGGGACCGGAGAGAAUCGAAUGUUCUCAUUUGCUGGUCGGGGAGGGAAGGGUUCGUUAUGGGGAGACCAGGGUGUCUAGGUUUUAUCGGGGGGUGGGAAGGGAGAUCGAAGGCAAAGCCUUGGUGUGCUUGAUAAUUUCAUAAGUGUUAUCUGGUUUUGGCUAUGGGUUUAGAAAAUUAAGGCACUUGGUUCAAUUCGGGGGGAAUUCCGUAUAAGUCUCUGACUAAAAUAAGCAAAAAUGAUAAAUUAGCAUUGAACAAGAAA